UGAACUCUCAUAGGGUUGCCAGCUUCCUUAAUCCCUUAGAAUGGUGAUUUCUGCUGUGAAAGUUUUAGCUAAGAUUUUAAUGACCAGGUUUAAGAAAAUGUAACAGACCAGCAGGUGUCCCAAUUACAUUUGCCAUUAAAAGGCUUUUUGUGGGGAUUUAAACAUUAUUAUUAAAACUAUUAUCUGUGUUGUGCUACACCUUGUCACUUACCAGCUGGGAUGAUUUCUGUGUCCCAGAAAAAAGAUUCUUAUAAAAAGGAAGCCAGGAAAGCAGAACAUCUCAGCACUCAACCCGCCAAAGGAAGUUUGGUAUCCCUUUGGCUUUCACUUCCCAACAGAGUGGAGAUGAUCCGCAAACUUACAGCUGCUGUUCUUCUGCUGAGCCUGUGUUUGGAAGGCUGCUCCAGCCAGCACUGGUCCUAUGGAUUGCGCCCCGGAGGAAAGAGAAACGCUGAACACUUGGGUGAUUCUUUCCAAGAGAUGGGCAAAGAUGUGGACCAGCUGGCAGAACCCCAGCACUUCGAAUGCACUGUCCACUGGCCCCGUUCGCCCCUCAGGGAUCUUCGAGGGGCUCUGGAAAGUCUGAUUGAAGAGGAAACCAGGCAGAAGAAGAUGUAAAUGCACUAGCCCCGAAGGAUCCACAACACCAAAGUAUAACGUGAACACUGAAAUCUGUGACCUGUUAAAGAUCUGUAAU